AUGGCUACUUCUAUUAUUUCCUUGGUUGCCGCCGAAAAACUUAACGAUGAAAAUUACACACAAUGGAAAAUUAACCUUAACAUGAUACUCGUGUUACAUGAUCUUAGGUUCAUCUUAAUUGAGGAGUGUCUUCAGGUUUCCCCGCCUAAUGCAGCCCGAGUGAAUCGGGAUGUCUAUGACAGAUGGACCAAGGUCAAUGAUGAGGUCAAAGUCUACAUCUUGGCAAGCAUGUCUGAUGUGCUGGCCAAGAAGCAUGAGAACAUGGUCACUACAAGGGAGAUCAUGGAUUCAUUGCAGGACAUGUUUGGACAACCAUCCGUUUAA